CACUCACCUGCAGAUCAUCGAACACAUUGCUCGCCCGGCCGCCGAGGAAGGAAGAUACCGAGAACAAUUUUUGAGCAAUGGCGGCAGGGCUGCAGGUGUUCGGACAGCCGGCGUCCACCGACGUCGCGAGGGUCCUGACCUGCCUCUUCGAGAAGAACCUUGAGUUUGAGCUCGUCCGCAUCGACACGUUCAAGAAGUCGUACAAGCUCCCUGAGUUCAUCAAACUACGUGAUCCUACCGGGCAGGUAACUUUCAAGCAUGGUGACAAAACCAUUGUCGAUUCAAGGGCGAUAUGCCGUUACCUGUGCACCCAUUUCCCAGACGACGGCAACAAGACGCUCUACGGCACGGGCUCCCUGGAGCGGGCGUCGAUAGAACAGUGGCUCCAGGCCGAAGCCCAGAGCUUCGACGCUCCUAGCUCCGAGCUCGUCUUCCAGCUCGCGUUCGCGCCCCACCUGAAGGACGUCCACCCCGAUGAGCGCCGCAUCGAGGAGAACGAGAAGAAGCUCCAGAACAUGCUCGGCGUCUACGACGAGAUCCUGUCCAAGAACAAUUUCCUGGCCGGCGACGAGUUCACCCUGGCCGACCUCUCCCACCUGCCCAACUCGCACUACAUCGUCAGCUCCUCCGACAGGGGCAGGAAGCUGUUCACCUCCAAGAAGCAUGUGGCCAAGUGGUUCGAGGCCAUCUCGAGCCGCGACUCGUGGAAGCAGGUGAUAAAGAUGCAGAGGGAGCACCCUGGCACGUUCGAGUGAUCGGUCGGUCCGGCAGCUUGGUUUCUGCCGCGCGGUGACUUCUUCGUCGGCGGCCGGCUUCUUCAGGCUUCAUACUCUGGUGUUGUUGUCGAGUUCCUCGUAUACGUUGUCCGUCCUGUCGGAUAAAAUAAUAUGAAGCCUGCCUGCGGUGUCUCAUGAGUCAUGUCAUCCUUUUGGAAUGCAAUGUCUUCCCGGGAGUUGUAUUCAUCCGUUACUUUUAAUUCAAUAAGCAAAUGUGUCCGAGACUUUUUGCUCGUUUGCAGUA